ACAACUCGAAAUUCGUUUUCAACUUCCAGGUUCGAUCCUUCUCCCUAAGUCCCAAUUUAUCGAAUUCUUACUUCCCAAUUUCAUAUAUGUAAUGAAGUGUAAAUCGGUGGCUUGCAUAUGGUCUGCCUCGCCGCCGGUUCACAGAGUCACCGCCGCCACCGUACUUGAUCAGCCGCCGACACUCUACACCGGCGGAUCCGAUGGCUCCGUCAUCUGGUGGAACCUUAUUUCCUCCCACGAGAAACAGGAAAUAAAACCAAUUGCUAUAUUGUGCGGUCACGCUGCCUCCAUAGCUGAUCUAGCGAUCUGUUUUCCUGCUGCAAGUGCGGGAACUGGAAAGUUAGAUUACCCGAGUACUUUGCUAUCAAACUCUAACUCAGUUGACUAUGGUGCAUUAAUUAGUGCAUGCACCGAUGGUGUAUUGUGCGUUUGGAGCAGAGCCAUGGGACACUGUAGACGUAGAAGAAAACUGCCUCCUUGGGUGGGUAGUCCGUCCAUGCUCCAACCAUUGCCUGAAGAUAGUAGAUUUGUAUGUAUAGCCUGCUGUUUUGGUGACUAUGACCAUCCUGUUGGAGAGUCUGAGACUUCGGAGGACAAAGAAUCACAGCAGGGAAAACCAUCUAAGAAUACAGUUCUAAUCGUCGACUCGUACACUCUUACAAUUGUCCAGACAGUUUUUCAUGGGAAUUUGUCUAUUGGACCUUUGAAGUCUAUGGCAAUAAUUGUGCCCAUUGGAGAGUUGGAAAAAUUGUCAGUGAUGAUGAUUGAUUCAUUUGGUAAGGUACAGUAUCUACCUAUAAUGAAGAACUUUGAAUCGAAGGGGGACAACGAGUCUGGCACACUACAAGAUUUUGCUCAUUUGGAAUUGAUGAAUUGUGUAAAUGGGUCAAAAGAAAAGGGACUCCUAGUGACAUUUGCAAAAUGUGGGCAGGUGAUAGCACUUGUAUAUAGAACAUUUUGCACGUUCAGGCUGAUGGAUGAUGAUACUAUUAUUGGCAAGAUUUCUUUUUCAGAUGACCAACUUUGUCUUGAAGACAAGUCGCAUGUAAUAGGUGGUAUGUUUAUCGGAGAUGAUGAAGCCAAUAUGAGAGUUAAGUCUUGGAAUUCCAAUUAUGAUUUUAUGGAGGAAUUUGCUGCAUGGAAUGACAGAGGUUCAGCUGUUAUAUACAGGAUAUCAUACUCAUGUAAUAUGUUCGUGUUUGAGCGUCUAGCUGCCAUCCCUGCCGCAUUGUAUCCUCCUGAUUUGAGAUUAUCCAUUUUAUUUAUUCCUUUCAAGAAGUAUCUGCUGCGCAUUGAAUCAAUUUGCUUUUCCAGUGAGGAACCUUCACUCUGGAAACCUCAUGUUACUGCCUGGCAAUUGCCUCAACGUUACGGGAAGCUCUGUCGAGAGUGUGAAAUGAUUGGUGAAGGCAGUUUAUUUGAUGUGUGGGAUAUGAGUUCCACUUCAUGUGAAAUUAAGGGUCCAAACAUCAAUGCUGGCCAAAGAGAAAUAAGUGUGAAUGAUGAUAUGACCACCUUACGAAGUUCUUCUCUUUCUUCAAGCGAUGUAGAUAGAGCUUGCACAAGCAAUUGGAGAUAUGGUACUCAACAAGAAGGGCAGCCAGUAUCAUCUUCAAUGGUCAUAUCUGAUUCCUACCUCGUACCAUGUGCCAUCGUGUAUGGGUUCUUCAAUGGUGAUAUUGAAAUGGUACGUUUCAAUAUGUUUUCUAUGAGAUUGGAUUCAAAUGAUGAAAGUCCAUCCCAGGAAGCAGAUGCAUGUGCACCCAAACAAUCUCUCAUAGGGCAUACAGGAGCAGUUCUAUGUUUAGCUUCUCACCCUAUAAUGAGUAGAUCUGGGGGAUGCAGCUUGAAUCAUGUUCUAUUGUCAGGAAGCAUUGAUUGCACAGUUCGUAUAUGGGAUCUUGACACUUGUAAUCCCAUUUUGGUAAUGCACCAGCAUGUAGCUCCAGUACGCCAAAUAAUUCUUCCCCCACAUCGAACGGCACACCCAUGGAGUGACUGCUUUCUCACUGUUGGAGAUGACUCAUCUGUUACCCUUGCUUCACUUGAGACUUUGCGGGUUGAGAGAAUGUUUCCUGGACACCCUUCCUAUCCUGCAAAAGUCAUGUGGGAUGGCAUAAGAGGAUAUGUGGCCUGUUUCUGCCCUAACUCUUUAGAAACGUCGGACGCACUUGACAUGCUAUACAUUUGGGAUGUAAAGACAGGUGCUCGGGAGCGAGUGCUUCGCGGAGCUGCUGCUCAUUCUAUGUUUGAUCAUUUCUGUAUGGUUAUCAACAAAAAUGAACCUUCUGGCAUUGUGAUGAAUGUAAAUACUUCAGCUUCCUCUUUACAUUUUCCAAUAACUGAGGAAGAAAAGUUUUCAGAGUCUUAUUCAAAAUAUUUUGGAAAUGCAAGUUCUUCACGAAACAUCUCCCCUGUUACUACAAGCAGAACUGAACCCAGUACUUCAGCGGCAUCUAAUGCUAGAAAAGGAACUGCUGCAAAAUCAGUUCAACCUACGUUGUCAGUCUUCCAACGUGCCAAGCACCUAAUUAAAAGCUCUUGCCCUUUUCCUGGCAUUGCCACUUUGUGUUUUGAUCUUACUUCUUUGAUGUCUCUUUGUUUAAAGCCUGAGUUGUUCAAAGGUGGCAGUAAUAUCAGAGAGAAAACUCAUGUGAAAGAAGCUGGAACUGAUGCACCCAUAGAUGAUGCUCAUAUGAGAGAGAGUGUUCCUCUGAAGGAACUGGGAUCUGAGGUGCACAACACCUAUCAUGUGAAUCAGCAAAGUAUUUCUGUUUUAGAUGGGACUUCGGCCCCUACAAUAGAACAUCAUGAGUGGGUUCGCUUGCUUGAGGAAGGCCUACUUCAAUUUAGCUUGUCAUUUUUGCACUUGUGGAAUGUGGAUCAUGAGCUUGACAACUUGUUAGUUACUGAAAUGAAGCUAAAGAGACCAGAUUGUUUUAUUGUAGCUUCUGGGUUGCUCGGAGACAGGGGAUCUCUGACACUGACAUUUCCAGGUUCAACGUCAACUCUUGAGCUAUGGAAAUCAUCACCAGUGUACUCCGCAAUGAGAUCACUAACGAUGGUAUCCCUUGCCCAGCACUUGAUUAGCUUAUCCCACUCGUGUUCAUCAGCCAGCAGUGCAUUAGCUGCAUUUUAUACAAGGAAAUUUGCAGAGAAGAUCCCAGAUAUAAAGCCCCCUUUGCUUCAGCUUCUGGUAAGCUUUUGGCAAGAUGAGUUCGAACAUGUGAAAAUGGCUGCACGCUCUCUCUUUUACUGUGCUGCUUCCCGGGCGAUUCCACUUCCACUAUGCUGUCCAAAAAUCACUGAGCACACAAACUUUGUCAGUUGUCCCAUUGGAAUAGCAGAGAGUGAACAUAAAGAUCCAACCACUGUAUCUUUGAUAUCUGAUGGGAAAAUAGAAACUCAAGGGGAGUUUCAGGCAGAAGAUUAUGAAAUAACUUUAUGGAUAGAAUCAUAUGAAAUGCUAGACUGGAUUUCUUGCGUAAGGGGAACAUGUCAAGAUGCAAGGGCUUCCCAAAUAAUUGUUGCUGCUGCAUUGGCUGUCUGGUACUCUAGCCUUGUGAAACAAAGGCUUGCCAUUGUGGUUGUUCAUCCGUUGAUGAAAUUGGUCAUGGCCACGAAUGAAAGUUAUAGUUGCACUGCAGCAGAGAUUCUGGCUGAAGGCAUGGAGAGUACAUGGAAAGCAUGUAUCGCUUCUGAAAUACCUCGCCUUAUUGGGGAUAUAUUCUUUCAAGUAGAGUGUGUUAGUGGUGCAUCAGCACAAAACUCAGCUGCAUCUCUUAACAUUAGGGAAACUUUGGUUGGGAUUCUUCUUCCUAGUUUAGCAAUGGCUGACAUACCUGGAUUUCUUCAUGUGAUAGAAAGCCAAAUCUGGUCGACUGCAUCUGAUUCACCUGUUCACGUGGUUUCUCUCAUGACUUUGAUAAGGGUCGUCCGUGGUUCGCCUAGAAGCUUAGCUCCAUACCUUGAUAAGGUGGUCACUUUCAUUUUGCAGACUAUGGAUCCUGGAAAUCUAGUCAUGCGCAAAACUUGCAUUCUGACUUCCAUGGCUGCAUUGAAGGAAGUUGUGCGUAUGUUCCCUAUGGUAGCCCUAAAUGAUAAUUCAACCCGGUUGGCUGUUGGGGAUGCAAUUGGAGAUAUCAAUAAUUCGAGUAUUCGGGUGUAUGAAAUGCAAAGCAUGAGCAAGAUAAAGAUCUUGGAUGCAAGUGGACCUCCGGGACUUCCAAGUUUGCUUGGAGGGGCCUUGGAAAUGGCUGUAACAACUGCAAUAACAGCUCUAAGCUUUUCACCGGAUGGAGAGGGGCUAGUUGCAUUUUCUGAGAAUGGUUUGAUGAUCAGAUGGUGGUCAUUGGGAUCUGUUUGGUGGGAGAAACUUAGCCGAAAUCCCGUGCCUGUACAGUGCACGAAACUGAUCUUUGUUCCCCCAUGGGAGGGAUUUUCACCUAAUUCUACUAGAUCCAGCAUAAUGGCGAGUGCAUUGGAUAAUGAUAGGCAAGCCAAUUCACCGGGGAAUGGCCAGGAUUCGAGUGAAAUGGACAGAUUGAUGCUCUUGAUUCAUAAUCUUGAUUUGUCCUAUAGGCUCGAGUGGGUUGGCGAAAGAAAAGUUAAGCUUACGCGUCAUGGCCAAGAGUUGGGAACCUUCCAGCUAUAGUUAUAAGAUUUUGCAUAGGAUGAACAUUUUUGUUUGACUAUUCCAGUUAGCUGUUCUUUAUCAUGAUGAAAUCUUUUUGUGUGAGAUGUGAUGUCCAAAUUUAUUUGGAAUUUAACUCUUGUACUUGCAUGCAUACAACAACAAAAAAUUGCAGUUAUAGUCUUCCAAAGUAUGGGAUCAAUUGCAAAUUGAAUGCUCGACCUUUUUCUUUGUA